GUGUGCAGGGGCUGCAGAGCUGCAGGUCUUUGUUUCCAAAGAUCCCUGCCUCUCCUCGGGCACAGUUUUCUUUGCAGCGAGAGGAGAGAGGCAGGGAGGGCGAGGGGGAGGCUGCGCUAUGCAGCACCAGCCCCGUUCUGAUGCUGAUGCCUUACAGAGUGGCUCACUCUAGGGCUGGAGGGGGUUGAAUAUUGGUUUUGAAAAGGUUUGGUUUUGUUUUGUAUUUGGGUUUUUUUGUUUUAGUUUUCAUUUCGUUUUUGUCUAAAAUUCUGUGAAGUUUGCAAGCCCCUCACUCUAAAUUUAUGGCAGCGUUUCCAUGUGCCUGCCUUCCUCCAUCAACUCAGACACUCUAUGAUGCUCCACUGAGUCUUCCCAAGGAGGGUGUUGGGAGGAAGAUCAGAUAUGGAGAGGGACAGCCAUGGCCCCUGCUACCUCCUGAGUAAGCAAAGGUGCUCUUGGAACAAGGUGGAGGGAUCUAAGAGUAUCAUAUGUGUUCCAGACCCUGACCCAUCUUAGGCACUGUCACAGGAUGAUCAGGGUCUUUGGGGUAGAGGGACUUCCUGGAGCUGCUAAGGUUUCAGAAUGAGGUGGCCAGACAUCUGUUAGAGAAAGUAGGGAUUUGGGGAACAGGAGUGUAUAUUUCUGAGGUCUUUCUUGCUACUUUGCUGGUCUUUCCUUCCUUGUAUCAGCUGCAAAUCCCGAGUCCUGUUCAGGGAAGCAGGGUGCCUGCCACCCUCUGCUUCUGGGAAAGCAUGAAUGAUACUGUUAGGUAGCUGGGGCAAGAGAUCUGGUGGACAUGCUUCCCUUGCACUGUGUAUUAGUAACAGGGAACUGCAAAAGACAAAUUUAGCAAGAGGUCUUUUAGCUGUGUCUCUUAGGUGGGCAAGUCUAGAAUAGCUUCCUAAUUAAUAUUCCUUGAAGGGGAGGGAGCGGAUGCUUCUCUCUUUAACAACAAAACCCUUGGUCUCAAACAGAACAAGGAGUCUGCAAACUUUGUAAAACAUCCUCUGACUUUUGGAAUUGUUUCCUGACUGCUUGUGGCUUUCAUUGGACAGAGGUGGGAUUGAGAGCUUCCCUUAAGAGACCUUGAUUUUGAAAGCAAAUGAAAAAGGUUACAUGGGAUAGACUAAAAAAAAUAGAAGGCUACCAAUGCUCAUUCUUCCAGGUGCCAGCCAAACUCACUUCCCUAGGGUCAGGAAGAAACCUCUCCUUGCGGCAAAAGGCAUCUGAUGGCAGCAACUUUUGAGAGACAGGUUGUUGGACUAAAUGAACCUUGCUCUGACCCAGUCAACCAGUACUUUUAUUCCUUCUCUAUGGUCUGAUUGAAAUCCCAUUGUAUUCCCAUUGUUCCUUAGUGAACAUGGCCCAUUUGCCACAUACACCAGGAGAAAGUUUAAACCCAGAGCAAGUGUAUCUGAUCCCUGCUAUUAUGGGCUGUUGCUGGAAGACCUUGUGAGAGAUCAUCUGUGCUUGUUGAAGAAUUUGAAGGGGAAAAGACAAUUCUUUGUCAGAAGAAGGGUGAAGGGAUUUCUCCCUAACUUGAGGAGUGGUACGAGGGAGGCAGAAAAUGAGAGGAGAGGUAUGGAGGGGUGCGGAGAUAGUUUUAAGACCUGGAUAGAGUCAUCAGGAAGUGAUGAGUGUGGGGACAGGACCUGCGAAAUGCAGUCCCCAUUCUAGUCCAGCGUGUGGACUGUGCUGCUCUGACAUUCAGUGAUAUUGGCUAGCCAGAAAAGCGGCAUUAUGGUAGGGAAGUUCUUCCUGGAGAGAAAGCAGAAUACUCAUGCAUGUCCAGUAGGUACAUAGAUGCUAUGACAUCAACCUCACAACCUGCCCACUGAGGCAGAUACCUCUCAUUCUCCUCAUACUAAUAAUGGAGAAACUGAGGCUUGGGCACUAAGCAGUUUGAGGUCUCAAAGAGGAGAAAGUGUUGGGGGCAGAAGUGGAACAGUUGAGUCCUGGUCCUGUGCUCAGCUCACUUUCACUCCCUUUUCCCUGCACGUCCCCUCCACUCCCUCCCCAUACUGCAUGGUCUGCAGGAACUGACUCCAGCAUUAUCCAGAGAGAGCAUCUAUGCAGCUGUGUGGUGCUGAUUUUCCAGGCUGGAGGAUGCCUCAUGCUUCCCUGGCAUACUUAGCAGUGGCUGGUUUCCAGCCCCACAGACCUGGCUGUCCUGUAGUUGGCAGUAAGUCCCUGCCACUUAACCACCCAGGCCAGCUGAGGUCAUGUUACUCCUCAGUGCAGUUCCCGUGUAGUUUUGUGAAAAGGAAGUUCUUUUCUCAUUACACCUUGCUUUGCUUUCCUUUGCUUUUCUUUCCUUUCCUUUUGUGGGCUAUUUUUUUCUCUCUGGACAGUUGGGAUGUUUUCUGGCUCCAGUUGCAUUUUUAGCCCUCCCUUCUGCUGGAUUAAUCCAGCUACCUGCACUUGGAAAGCUGAGAAUUUGGAGCAUCACAAAGAGUAGCCAGUUGGCAGAGAGAGGGUGGUGGGGUUAGAGUACCUGGAAACAUGGGCAUCUUAGCCAUCCUUCCCUCAGGAACUGUGGGGAGGAGUAGGAGGAAAGGGACUCUGAAAAUAUUUGAUCUCUUUAUUUUUCAGCCUAGAAGAAGAGGGAACUGCAAAAAAAAAAAAAAGGGAGAGGCGUUGCUAGCUCAUUGUUGUUCUAUGAUCUCAGAGGGCAGGAGGGAAGAGAAUGAAAUUGGGGCUUGGCAGGUGGAAUUGAUAGAGUAGUAGCAGGUUGCUUUUAAAGGAGUCUAUUAGCCGCUGGAAAGAAGGUGAGAACCCAGGAGGGGAUUACAUCAUUUGCACGGUAACCAAAGAGCAGUGGCAAACCCCACAGCUCUGAGGGAGGCUUGGCUGUGGACAAAGGCUGCACUAUACAUGGCUAUGUCACUGUGUGCAGAAUACUGGCUCAGUUGCCACAUGCUGUGUGUCCAGUCCUGUCCUGUCAGGAGCUGAGCUGUGGGACUCCUUGUUCUCUGCUGCACCUGCAGUUUGUGGAAGGGCUUGAAGGAAUGCUUAUUUCAUUAUCAUCAAUUCCCUUUUCCUUCCAAAUGGCCGAUUACUCCAGUUCUCUUUCAUUUCUUCAUUUCCCCAUGCCUGCUUUCCUUUUAUUUCCCCAUGGCCCCUUCUCCUAGUGCAAAUAAGCUGAGCACUGAGGGAAGGUGUUUGGCUGAAGCUCCCUAUUUAGCCAUAGGACAGGCACAACCUGUGCUCCCCACUCUCUGCCAGAUUUUCUGUCCUUGGCCUGGGCAGUCAUUUGUCUUUCUGUUCAGGCCAUCAGUAGGGGGGCUAAUUAGUGCUAAUUGGACAACUGUCAAGUGUUAAGAAUCAGACUGUGACACUAAGCUUACUCCAGAGUGGCCAUGAAUGGUAAUGACCUUUGCUCACCGUUUCUCUAUGUACUUGGAGACUACCAUAGCAAAUUGGACCUUUGGCUCACCCAAUCCAGUAUCUUCCAGCUGCUUCAGAAGUAGCUGCAAGAUGCACAAGCAAUAGGCAGAUGCCAGGUUGUCUGCCUCUCAAGAAUGUCUCCUCCUAAGGGAUUGGUUUAAAGCCCAAAGAAUGAGGUGUUUAUCCUUUCAAGCUGGCGACCACUAAUUAUUGUAACUCCUGUUAUUUGUGUCACCUUCAAACUAUACAGUUUCUCAUUCAAGUCUUGUUAAUUUUUUUUGCUUUCAGUGUCAUCCUGUAGCAAGGAGUUCCACUGUCUCAUUAUGCACAGGCUGGGCCAGUUUUUCCUGGGUCGCACUGAGCAAGUCUCUUAUCACUUCUCAUUUUAUGUCCCUUUAUUCUUCAUUCCCCCUUUCUCUUGUCUUCUCUUUUUGUAGGAUCCAUUCUCCUUCCAUUAUAUCUGCCUCAGUGCAGUCAGUGCUAAGGCCCAGUUAAGCCUUGGCAUGUGUUUAAAUUCUUUAGUGAAUAUGGGUGAGUUUAAACUCAUCCUUUUGUUUUUUGUUGCAUCAGGGCUUAAGGACGUCUCUUGAGAACUCAUGGCACUACCCACUUCAAGACACCUUUCCUCCUGAAAACUGACUUGGUCCUGGCUCUCUAGUCUUCCAAAUAAGGGACCAGUCCAAACCAAGUCUUCUGAGCCUGGAAUCUUAUUGGUUUCAGGGAGGUGUCAGAGCCUUACUAUGAGGCUGAUACAUGUAUAGGUGGUGUAUAUAUAGAAAAUAAGCAAGGUGAAGUUUAAUACACACACAUGCAAAUCUCUAGCUACAUGAUCUUCAGUUAGUCAGAGGCCUCUGAGUUAACAGUGCUCAGCUAGAGAAGACCUCCAGGGAGUCCAACACCAGGCUGGUAGCUUUCCAGAACAUUGACCAGCCCUCCAUAGUGAUGGGUUUUAAUGGAAGACAGCAUGGUUGCAAGUUAAACCUGAGAAUCUGUUCUUGCCUGCUUAGACUGCCUUUGGAAAGGGUUCCACAAACUUGCUGAUUAUCAGAAGUGACAGCUCAGCUUCCACUGCUGUUAGGAAGUAAAAUGCAAAGCACUGGCUCACUUUUGGCAAGGUGAAGAAUUGGGACUCCUCCUCCUGAGGCUAAACACUGAUUUUAAGCCUAUUAUGAUUCUUCUCCAUCUUCACAGGAUCCACUGUGGCGUGUAGAUUCAGUAUGGUUGGCCUCCAGCAUAAUCUGUUUGGGGCCACACUUCUGUCAGUUGGUCACUGGAUGGAUUAUAUCAUGGGUGAAGUAGAACAUCUGCAUCAACCAGUUUCCUUAAAAUAGCCUGCCACUUGAAUGCAGUUUCAUGGACAGUAGUAACACUUCGAACCAGGAAAGUGGUAAUAAACCUUCCUUACUAAAUUAAAUGUAGAGGCUGCUCCUUCAAGGAAAAUUUCAGUACAUCCGUAGUGUUGGGUUUCCCAGCCACAGCAAUAUGGUACCUCCAGGGAAAAAGCCAGCUGGGGAAACUUCCAAUUCCAAUAAAAAGUGUAAGCGCUAUUUCAAUGAGCACUGGAAGGAAGAAUUUACGUGGCUGGAGUUUGACUAUGAAAGGAAACUCAUGUUUUGUAUAGAAUGUCGCCAGGCACUGGUGAAGAAUAAACAUGGCAAAGCGGAGAAUGCCUUUACUGUGGGGACGGACAACUUCCAGCGCCAUGCUCUGCUACGGCACGUCACUUCUGGAGCUCACCGCCAGGCCCUGGCGGUUAACAGAGAGCAGCUGGCUUUUGAGUCACGUGUCCACAACCACCAGGAACUGCGCUCAGUGAUAAAGGUGGAAGUAAACCCGGCCAAGAUAGCCAUCCUCACCACCGUGUACUGGAUGGCUAAGGAGGAGAUCCCAGACGACAAAUGCUCUUCGCUGCUUGAGUUCCAGAAGCUUAACCUCUGUCAAGCCCUGCUGACUUCAGAGCACAACGAGUAUUACCACCCCAGCAGCAUCAAAGAGAUGCAGGCAGCGAUCGUCAAAGUCCUUCACAACGAGGACAGGCACAAGAUGAAAGCCUCACCGUUCAUUGGCCUGGUGGUGGACGAGACAGUCGAUGUCAUGGAGCAUCGGAACCUCAUCAUGUUUACAACCACGGUCUCACCGUGCAAUGGGCAGACCUCAAUCACGUUCCUGGGCAGUUUUGAGCUACCGGCUGGGGAGGCAUCUACUGUAGCAGACAAAGUCGUUGAAGUAAUGCAUUCUUUUGGAGUUCCCACCAUGAAGAUCACAUGGCUCAGCUCUGACAGCUCUUCUCUGAUGGCUGACAGGCUUAACGGGGUGGGGACUAAGCUGAAGUCCAUGUGUCCCCUCCUCACCGAGAUGCACUGCAUAUCCCAUAGGAACUCCCUUCUACCCUCUGAGAGUGGCAUUAAUAUAGAGUAUGUCCAGAAGUAUGAAACUACAGUAGAUGCUGUUUACAGACUCUACUCCAACUUCAAAGGGGAGAGUAACAGCCUCCAAGAGCUGCAGAGUGUCCUGGAUCUGUGCGAGAUAGACCUAGAGGACCCUAAGACCAUCCACUGGACUUCCAUCUUCCCAGCAGUGGAAGCUAUCGAUUCCUCAUGGCCCACACUGGUGCUUCUGUUGGAGAGUGAGUCAGAGAGGUCCCCUGUGGCAUUUGGCCUCUGUGAAGAGCUCAAGAAGUUCCAGUUUGUGGCAUUCACCAAGAUCCUCCUGGAUGUCCUCCCCAUCUUCCAGAAGCUAAGCCGGUUCUUCCAAAUUGAGGAUUUUGACCUCUCCAUCCUCAAACCCAUCGUCUCCGCUACCGCCACCACUCUGCAAGCCCAGAAGAUCACCAGUGGCCAGAACUUCCAGGAGUUCCUUAAUGAGAUGAAUGAGCACCCCCGGGAAGACCGUGAGGAUGAGAGCAGGUUCUACUACAAAGGAGUGGAGCUGGCAAACUGCUCCAAAGUGCACCUGAAAAACUUUGAGCACUUGAAGGAGACCUACCUUGAGAGUGUGAGGGACAACCUGCUGGAUCGGUUCCCUAGCAAUGUCCUGGAGGCAGUCAACUCGUUCUCCGCCAUCUUUAACCCCAAGUGCUACCCUCAGUCUUUGGAUGAUAUCAGCAGCUAUGGUAUCAGUGAGCUGAACUUCCUCUUGCAGGCAUAUUCCCGGUUGGUGGUGAGCGAGAGGGCUCUAAAUGAUUUUCCCCUCUUCAAACGGAUAGUGUUUAGCCUCAGCCAGCUGUCCUUCAAGGAUCUGUGCAUCAAGCUGGUUUACAGCAAUUCUGAAAUGCAUGAGCUCUUUCCUGACUUUGCCGUCCUGGCUGCCAUUGCUCUGGCCUUGCCUCUUGGCUCAGUGCUUUAUGAGAAAAUUAACCGGGGGAGGGAACUCAUGAAACGCAGCCGGUGGCGCUAUGCAAAAGAUGAAGGCCUGUCCAACCUCAUGAAGAUCGCCAUAGAUGGGCCCACCAUCAAUGAGUUUGACUUUGCAUUAGCCAUUGAGUAUUACGAAAGUAUGAGAGAAUCCAGUUUUAUCAUGGCACAGGUUAACUGAGCCGCCCUUUUGGGCAACAGAAUGUGAAAGUGUAAAAUAUUUUUGACUUUGAGAUAACAUAACCCUGUUGUUGGGGUAUGAGGCCUUACACUGAAACUAGAAUAUUAAUGGCUAAAUUUUGUUUUGUUCUGUUUUAUCCCUGUUUGUCCCACUGCUUUGCUACUCCUGCCGUAUCUGAUCAGAGGACCAUGUGUUACAGGUUCCAGGAAUAAUUGGGAAAUGUUACAAGUAUUUCCUGUUCCAUGUUGGGACUUUUGGUGUAAGUCCUACUUUUAAGCAGGAAGAGGGAUUCUUUUCUAAAUCUGUUUCAGUCCUGACAACCCAAAAAAGUUUGAUUGAAUCAGCUGACUCUUUUUUCCUGCUUUCUUAAAUCGGUGGUUCUCAACCUUGUUAGGCUGAAGGAACCCCUUGUUAGGUUAAAGGCACCCCUCCUUAGACUCAAGGCACCCUCAGAAAAUGUUAGCUCUGAAUUUUCACUCAUUUUUUUGAUCAUGGAAAAAUAAUAUAGUCGUUUUUCUAUUGCAAAGAACUCAAAAAGACUACAACAGGUCAGAACUUUUUAAAUGUAUGGAUUCUUGUUUAAAAUCAUUGCGUUUCUUUUGUGAAUCAUAUUUGCACACCCAACAGUGCUAACAUCAUGUGGCACCCUGUAGCACCCCUGAAAAGAUCUCGCAGCACCCCAGGGUGCUACGGUACGCUGGUUGAGAAUCACUGUCUUAAAUGUAUCCAUUCUCUUAAAUUCCAAAUAGCAUUUAGAAUCACUUUAACUUUCCUGUCUUUAUUGAGGGAAAAAAACCUCAUGUCUUGAGCUCAAAUGUUACAUUGCUUUUGCACACUGAUACCUGGCAGCUUUUUUUUCUUGAUGUUCCACAAAAAUAACCAAUUUUUACUCUUUGGAGCCUGGAGAAUGAACACCGAGACAGCAUUUCUUUCUAGCUCUGUCACAAAUCCGAUAAUGCCUAGCAGUGUCUUGUUGAAAUUCCUUGCACACAGCACAAAAUAUUUUUAGUGUUGGAAUCAGUUUGUGAUCAUUGCAACUGCGAGCAAUUUAGAAAAAUGAUAUUGUAAUCACCAAGGAAACAUUAACUUUUAAAUGCAUCAUUAUGUAUAUAUGUGUGUGUACAUAUAUAUAAUAUAUAUAUAUAUAUACACAAAAUAUAUAUAAAUAUAUAUAUUAAAUAAAUCUAUCUUACCUUUCCUAGUGUUAAAGUACUAAGAUAUCUAAAAGGAGGGUUUGGCUUGGUUUGGUUUGGUUUGGUUUGCAGUGACAGAAUAAAUUAUAUACGGGGUCCAAAAAGUAAUAAAUAAUUCCUUGUUUUUCAAAAUAGUACCAUAUACCUGACCUUUCCAUUGCAGUCUAAGACUUUUGCAAUCUUGCAACCAAAGAAUGAGCCUUUUAACAUCUACCUUAUGAACAAGCUUGAGUUUUUGUUUGUGUUGGUUGAUUUUUCUUUUUGAACAUUCCCUCACCUUGAAGUGAGUGAGGUUUUUUCAAACCAUGACAGCUCAGUGAAAUGGCAGCUUUUUACUGGAUCAGUACACAAAUGUGCAAGAAUUGUAACCAAGUCCAGAUAGAAUUUGUUGCAUGGCAUGUGUUCUCUUUGUUAAUUAUACAAGCCUAUGUUUGUUUUUACCUUACUUUUCUUAGGGUGCUUUUCUUAGUUCUGUAGAAGGGGGAAGAAAGACCCUUAUUACUGGUUUUAAUUUGCAAUAAAGUCGAAACUUUGAACUAA